UUGUCUAUCGGCGGCAACGACUGUGGAGGUAUUAGUGGGAGUAUUGCUUUUCCUGAACCAGUAGAGUAAGAAGCAGUAGUGUUUUCCCGCCAUGGAGACGGAAGACUCGUCGUCGGAGAACGGCCUCCUUCACCGGAAACAAGCUCUAUACUCUUCCCUGGACUCAUGCUUUGAGAUUCAGAAGGAGAUGUACAGAGGUCAACAAUACAGCCAAAUAUACUUUGCUAGGCUUCACUUGAUGAGAACUCUUCUUUACUCUCUACUCCCCAAUUGGAAACCCCACAUUCACGUCUGCACUGUUAUUGGAUUAGAAGAAGGCAAGGAAUGCAUCAUUGUUGGGACGCUCUACAAGCACAUGAAGCUGAAACCUUCCAUUCUUGAAGAGUACUCCAAAGAGAGAUCUGCAACCCCACUUGUAAGACCUCACAAUUUUAUGCACCCAGAUGAUCAUUUAAUUUUGGAAGAUGAGAGCGGCAGAAUUAAAGUUUGUGGAGAUGUUCUUUUACCUUCUGUUUAUGUGACAGGUGUCGUGGUUGCAUUGCAUGGAAAAGAAACUGGUACAGGUGACUUUUGGGUUGAAGAUGUCAUGGAAGCAGGCAUACCACACCAAAUAGAGCGGCCAAUUAAAUCAGGUGAAGACAAAUAUGUCAUUUUUGUUUCGGGCUUGGAUAUUGGGAGCAGCACUUCUAAUCCUCUAAAAUUCCAGCUUUUGGUUGAUCACAUAACUGGCCAUCUUGGAGAUAAAAAGGAACAAAGUAUUGCUGCCAAGAUAGUUCGAGUAAUUAUUGCUGGAAAUUCUGUUGAAAUCCCCCGUGGGCUACUUAAUGGUCAGAACUUAGGUUCUAAGGAUCAAUUUACAUUGUCUGAGCCAAUUAAAGAGCUGGAUAUUCAGUUGACUCAGAUUGCUGCAGGUAUACCAGUUGAUAUUAUGCCAGGGCCAAAUGACCCUGCCAAUUUCUCCUUGCCACAGCAGCCUUUGCAUAGAUGCCUUUUUCCUAGCUCAUCAGCUUACAACACAUUCAGGUCCUGUCCUAAUCCUCAUUUGUUUCAGCUUGACGAUGUUAGUUUGCUUGGAACAUCAGGUCAGAACAUUGAUGAUCUCGAGAAGUAUUCAGAUGCAAAUGAUAAACUUGAAUUUUUGGAGAGGACACUGAGAUGGAGACAUGUUGCACCAACGGCACCAAAUACCCUUGGAUGUUAUCCUUUUACUGACAGGGAUCCUUUUUUCGUUGAGACCUGUCCACAUGUUUAUUUUGUUGGUAAUCAAGAGAAAUACGAGACUCGCUUGAUCAAGGGAGCAGAGGGACAAAUAGUGAGACUAAUCUGUAUUCCCAGAUUUAGUGAAACUGGAGUUGCUGUGGUGUUGAACUUGAGAAAUCUGGAGUGUCAUGCUCUCAGUUUUGGGACUGAGUUCGGCUAAUAAUUAUGAGGUACGAGUUGGCACUGCUUGGAAGCUGAAGAUCUUCUAAGUUUACCUUCAAGUGUUGCUUGUGAUGAUCAGUAUGUUGGGUGCUUAAUGAAAGGGAUACCUGUCAUUUUCUUGCAAUCAAUCUUUUUUAGUUCUGAAACUUUGCAAGUUUUUGGAUAUGAUGUUAUACAAAACCUACUCUGGCCUGAUAAUAUUGGAAAGGGAAUCCAUGAACUUGUGGAUUAGGGAGUCAUUGCCUAGGUUACAAUGAAGUCAAUAUUUCCGGUGCUUAAUCCACAUCUUCAUGAUGUUGGAUUUCUUCGUUGUCUCUUUCUCUCUGUCACUCUCUCUUUUUUUUUUUUUUUUUUGACAUUUAUGAAUAGGUAGGCAAUGUAGUAGUUUGUAAUUGGAGAGAAAUCCAAACCACCUCUAAGCAUCAGUCUUACUCUCUUUUAUAUUUUACAAAGUGUCAUCUUCUAAGUUUACAUCUA